UUUGCUUCCGCUCACCACCGUGGACUCGCAUCUCACUCACUCACUCAGCUUGUCUGCUUUUCUUUUUCUUCCACACCAACAACCUCGCCUCGCCAUCUCUCGUCGUUGCCCACCAUGACUGACGACUACCGCACCGAGCGAGCGGGCUCUUUCGCCUCAUCAUCCACCGACGCCGCGACUCUCCACGAGCUGACCAAGUUGGACCCGAUGGAGGACAGCGUUCAGAACCUCAAGUCGCACAAUGAUGAGGAGCUGGGCACCGAGGAGGACGAGAAGCUCUUGCCCAAGACCAAUGAGAAGGAGGAGCCCCAGAAGUCCAGCAUGACUUUUGCCAUUAUCUGGAUGACCGUCAACACCUUGGCGACUAUUGGAAUCGUCUUCACCAACAAGGCCAUCUUCUCCGACCCUCAGUGGAAGCUCUGCCAGCUCACCUUUGCGAGUUUCCACUUCCUGGUCACUUUCGGCACGCUGUUCGUCCUCUCUCGGCCUACCUUCGCUUACUUCACUCCGCGCCGUGCUGCCAUCCGGGACUUGCUGCCGCUUUCCGUGGCCAUGUGCCUCAACGUCAUCCUGCCGAAUCUCUCCCUGGCCUUCUCUUCCGUGACUUUUUACCAGAUUGCCCGGAUCCUGCUGACGCCGACCGUCGCGCUCAUGAACUUUGUGCUCUAUAAGGCGACACUGCCCAGGAAUGCGAUAAUGGCGCUCAUCCCGGCUUGCCUCGGAGUCGGCAUGGUCUCUUACUACGACUCUCUGCCUACCAAGGACGACAAGGUCAAGACCACCUCCACUCUGGGUGUCGUCUUUGCCUUUUCUGGCAUCUUUGCCUCGUCUCUCUACACCGUCUGGAUCGCUAGCUACCACCGCAAGCUCCAGAUGUCCAGCAUGCAGCUGCUGUACAACCAGGCCCCCAUCGCCUCCUUCAUGCUUCUCUACGUCAUUCCCUUUGUCGACACUUUCCCCGACUGGGUCAACGUUCCUGGCAAUCGCUGGAUCAUGAUCGGCAUGUCUGGCGCCUUUGCCUCGCUUAUCAACAUCUCCCAAUUCUUCAUCAUCGCCCAGACCGGUCCCGUGUCCAGCACCGUUGUUGGCCACCUCAAGACUUGCACCAUUGUUGCUCUUGGCUGGAUGGUCUCGGGCAGAGCUAUCGGCGACAAGUCGGUUCUUGGUGUCUUUGUUGCUAUUGGAGGCAUUGUUGCGUGAGUUGUGAACAGAGCCUUUCUGCAUACGAACAUCAAACUAACGACUCACAUAGCUACUCCGUCGUCAUGCUUCAGCACCAGCGCAACCAGCGCAAGUAGGUCAUGGCCAUAUCGGCUGAGGCUCUCCGUUGACUUUAUAAAAUUUCGGAAACGGGUUUUCUUUUCUUUUGGCAGCAUGGGGAUCAUGGGAAUCAAGAUGGCGUUGAGUAGAUUGAGCCCGUCGGGAUUAGACAGGGUCUAUUUGGGAUGAUACCUUUUUUUACAUGAACCCAAACCUAUCAUG